UAGUCCAGUCAAACUUUUUACACAAUACAAAUAUAUACUUUUUUGUGUGAAAGUAAAUCCUUUCCCAUUCUUUCAUAUCUUCCUCAAAAAAAAAAAAAAAAAAAAAAGCUCUAGAUGUCUGUAAUACCAUUCUUGAACAAUAUUCACUUGCAUAUCAAAGAUGUCACAGGAUUGAAUUCAACAACUGCAUAUGUUGAACUCAAAAAGGAAAAGAAAAGAAGGGAAAAAAAAAGGACUAUUCAAUCGAAGUAUUUGCUACCAUUUUUCUAAUGUAGCGAAUUGGGAAGCAAGAACUCUAAAAAGUUUGUUCCUUUUGUCUCCAACCAUCCAAGCAUGUUUGUGGUACACUACAUCCAUAGGUUUAGCAGUCAAAAGAAAAGAAAAGGGUCGUCUGCUGCUGGCUAUUUGGAUAAGUUUCAUACAAGAGUAGGAGGAUUGGCUUACAAUGACAAGUGAUUUGGGCAAACCAUGUGGUAUUGAAAGUUGAAACACCCCCUCCUCCUCUUGAUGGCUGAACGAUUCAAACCCAUCUGUCAAUCUCAUUUCCUGCUCUGCAAAUACAAUUCAAUCAAGUUGUAAUUAAAGUAGUAAACAAAUCACUGUUGAUUAUUUUAGUUUAGACCAAAUCUUCCCCUCUGAAGUUUUCAAUUCAACUCUCCUCCUUCUUCUUUAUUCAUUCAUAUCCCUUACUGGUCAGAGCCAACCCCAUACCACCGUUUUCCUUUACCCAACUCUCCAAUUCAUUUGACUUCCAUUAAAAUAAACUUCAUUCCUAUCUUCAAAUGCCCAAUCCCCAUUUAUUUCCUCCUCUUUCUCCUUCUUCAUCAACCCCUGGGUUGGAGGUUGAAGGUUGGACUUCAUCUCAUCCUCCCAGAUAGUCCAUACUUUGUUCCUUUUCUUGAUUUUCAUCAUGGGGUUUUUCAGCACCGCAGUAGCUUCUUCCUUGUUCUUCAUCAUUGUUUUUGUUUUGGUUCUUCGUUUUAUAACCAAAACAUCUCUGGUGUACAUGGUGGUCAAGGGUUUUCAAGCAAUUACAGACUACUUCCAUGUCUACCAAUACUACAGAAUUCCCCAAUUCGACGACAAUCUACAGCAGAAUCAACUCUACCUCCGUGUACAUACGUACCUUCAUUCCUUACCUUCGCUCGAGGAUUCCAAUUUUGCCAACAUAUUCUGCGGUGCAAAGCCGCGCGAUAUUUUCCUCCGCCUCGACUGCGACCAAACCGUCCACGAUACCUUCCUUGGGGCAAAAAUCCGCUGGAAAAUCGAGAUGCAUAGAGAUCAUCAUCGCCAGAACGGCCAUUUUUCGAUCGUUCUGAAGUUGAGAAAGGAUGAUAAGCGCAGAAUAUUCCGCCAGUACUUCCAACACAUCCUCUCGAUCACCGACGAGAUUGAACAACAGAAGAGAGAAAUCAAGAUGCACAUAAACGUGGAUGAUGGUACAAGACGGUGGACGGCGGUGCCGUUUACACACCCGGCGACAUUCGGUACGGUGGUGAUGGACGUCGAUUUGAAGAACAAGGUAAAAUCCGAUCUCGAACAGUUCCUGAAAUCAAAGCAAUACUAUCACAAAUUAGGCCGCGUUUGGAAGCGAAGCUUCCUACUAUACGGUCAGCCAGGGACGGGAAAGUCGAGCUUCGUGGCGGCCAUGGCGAAGUUCCUGCAGUACGACAUCUACAACAUCGACAUGUCGAAAAUCUCGAGCGAUUCCGACAUGACGAUCCUGCUGCUUCAAACGACCCCGAGGUCGUUGAUUCUGGUGGAGGAUCUUGAUCGGCAUCUGAUGAAACGAUCGACGGCGACGAGCGUGUCGGGUGUACUGAACUUCAUGGACGGCAUCGCAUCGUACUGCGGUGAAGAGCGUGUGGUGGUGUUCACAAUGAGCGAUAAGAGUGGGAUUGAUGAAGCGGCGCUGCGGCCAGGACGGGUGGAUGUUCACCUUCAUUUUCCGCCGUGUGACUUCUCGGCCUUCAAGAGUUUAGCGAUCAGUCAUUUGGGGGUGAAGGAUCACAAGCUGUUCUCUCAGGUGGAGGAGGUUUUUCAGAGUGGAGCCACCAUGAGCCCGGCCGAGAUUGGUGAGAUCAUGAUAGCCAAUCGGAGCUCCCCAUCUCGGGCCUUGAAAUCCAUCAUCACUGCCUUGCAAAUCAACGGCGGCGACGGCGACGGCAUGGACCGGAAUGGAUUCAAAUGGACGGGGGCUGGGUCGGAGAUUCAUGGUGAGGAUGGGAUUCAAUCUAGACGAUUAUUUUUCAAAGAUAAUUUAAGUAUGAAACUUUAUGGCCUCUUGAGAUUGGGACUCAGAAAACAUGAACAAUGUUCGGAUUCUCACUCAAUGGACAAAAAUAGAUUUUGAAAGUCAACGUUGUAUUUUAAGAAUCAACUCAUAAAUGUAAUCAAACAAAAAUAAUCAUUUAAUAUUAAU